CAGAAGGCGCGUUGUUAGUGCGCAUGCGUUGCACAUUUUUCCGUUGCAGAUUUUUCUAAACCAAUUUUUUCUUCCUGCCGAGUGAGUUUAUUGUUUGACCAGAUUCAUGAGGCCCCCAAAUACGUCUUUGUUUGUUAGGAACAUCUCCGAUGAGUCCAGAAAAUUUAAAAGCAUCCAGUUGUGGAACCGGCCACAAAGAGUAACAAAGACCCGUGUAGAGUAGCUGUAAAGACAAGUCACACAGACCUUCAGGAUCAGAGGGAGGGAAAAGAUUGAAAAGAGAAAGUAAAGCAUGAAGAGGAAAAGGGAACGGCGGCAAAGAAUGGGGAAAAGAAAAGAGUUUUUAAAGUCAAGCAGGAAACCCGAAUCUCUGGGAGUCGAUUAAAGAGUGUAAAGAUCAAGAUGAAGUUCAAAGUCAAGCAUGGGCAAAGCAUGUUUGAGGAUGUGCGAGACGCAGAAGACGCUCUUCACAGCUUGGACAGGAAGUGGGUUUGUGGCCGGCAGAUUGAAAUCCAAUUUGCUCAAGGGGACAGGAAGACACCGAAUCAGAUGAAAGCAAAGGAGAGGCGCUCUCCUGGCAGAUCCUCUCGGUAUGACGACUAUGAUCGAGAAGGUCGACGCAGACGUUCACGCAGCCGCAGCUAUGAAAGAUACAGAUCACGCAGCCCUUCUUACGACCGCCGCCGCAGGCGAUCUGAGAGCCCUCAAGACUCUCGUGGUCGGACAUAUGGGAGAGCGAGGAGCAGAAGUCAUGAGGAGGAUGGAUUGUCUGUCCCCAGACACAAGCAGAGGCGUCGUAGAGAGUCCAGAGGGAGGUCUCGAUCACACUCGCGUGGAUCUGGAUCUCCACGAGAGAACAACAACCCACCCUCCACUUCACACUACAUCGAGGAAGAAGUUCACCGGUCCCCAUCCCGGUCUGUAUCAAGAUCCCGCUCUCGGUCACGUUCUCGAUCCAGAUCCUGGGCCGGGCGGAAGUCAGGAGGACGUUAAAAGGACCUGCCCCCCCCCCUUUUGUUCCUCCUUCAGUCAGAUGGACCAGAGUUGGUCAUUUGUCAGGAGAUUUGUUUGAAUGUAACGUCUGCUGAACCAUUUGUAGAACGCUUGUGUUUUGCGGCUCACUUUUAAGAACAGUUGGUCCUUCGCUUGGUUUUAAAAAGUUAUUUUGGUAAUAUUUCCUGAUAGGAAUGUGACACAGUCAGUCGUUUGUUCAUUGGUAGUCAGCCGGAAGUAAUACAUGUUUCUGUGCUGCAUUUUUUUUUUGUUUCUGAUCAUUUUGCUUUUCAAACCCUAUGUAAUGUUUUUUUUGCAACAAAAAGAAUCAUUCAGUAUUUUAAAGGUGAAUCGAGUCUGUUAAGUCCAGUGUUUGAGUGUUUUCUCAUGUUAGAACGUUUUCUGGUGAGUUUGUAGUUUUUUUCCAACAGCUGUGGGUUUUCAUCUACUUCCUAUGAAGCCCGAACUUCAAAUUGGCUUCUUGCAGUAGAUAAUUUACAGAUAACACUAUCGCCAUGCAGUGAUUUUUGCCAGUUAUUGAAUAAGUUUCAGCCUAAGUGUAGAUUGGUUCAAACAGCAUCGAGCUUCAAUUCACAUCGGGGGUUUUUUUCAUCAGAGAAAGUAGAAAACCCUCGUCAGGUCUGAGUAAAAUACAUAGAAAUGCUGCUAUGGUUCUUUACAAGUGUUCAAUUUGUGUCACAAGCUGUUUGGAAAUAUACAAGUUGUUUUAAUUUUGUGGUGUUUGCUGUAAGAGUAGAUGUUUCGAAGGUAUUUUAUAUUAGAACGUUUUCUCCAAAUCUGUUCUGAACAGCGGAACAAAUUUUGUUUCAUUGGUGUUUUCACAACUGUUAAUCUUUUUAGUUUUUAUUUUUUUAAGCAAAUCCUGUCUGCAUGUUUUAUCUCCAUAAUCUUCUAUAUUUAGUAGGAAGAAACUUAUUUUGAGUAAUAAAUUGAUUACAUUCAGUAUAAGGUAACAGUGUGUAGCUUCAGUUUAUGGGCUGCUUCAUGUCAUGAUUCUAUUUGUAACCGUGUCUCCAAGGUUUUUCCAGGCCGACUGUAGCAACUGCCCGCAACCAAAGAGACAAAUCAAUAAAGUGUUUCAGACAUGUCUUCCUCCUCUGA